GCCCAAGAGGCCCAAAUAGUCCGAAUGGUGGUGGAAUAAAUGAUGGUGGAAUAAUUAUUGUGUCAAGUGUGGUAAUCAAUUCUGAACCUGAAAUUUAUUCGAUGGGAAAAGAAUGUGUUGGCCGUGUCGGGAAAAGGAGAACAAGCACCAGCCAAACCCCGAAUAAUUUUCAAUCAAAAAACAAUAAUUCAAGGAUAGACGAAAUUGUCGACCCCUCAAAUGUCGAACCCGAACCAAUUUUAAAAAGUGUGGGACCCACAAACCCCAGAAUUGAGAAUGUCGUCCCUGAAAAUGCUAACCUCAAAACAAUCGAGGGUAAGGAAUAUGUUUUUAUUGAAGGUCGGAGUGAAUCGAGAACGAAAAGCAAAGGUGUCGAGAAUAUUGACGAAGGAACU